GCGCUCGUGCUCCCGCCAGCCUCACGCUCGGCUCCGGCGGCCGAAAGCGGGAGAAAGUCCUGCUGGUGGGCGGCCGCGGGGCUGAGCGCGUCCGGCAUCCCGGGGCCGCUCCGGCCCUGGCGGCGAAGGUGCCCGGCGGUCCAUGCAUCCGCCGCCACCCGCCGCCGCGAUGGAUUUCAGUCAGAACAGCCUGUUCGGCUACAUGGAGGACCUGCAGGAGCUCACCAUCAUCGAGAGGCCGGUCCGCCGGAGCCUCAAGACACCAGAAGAAAUAGAAAGAUUGACAGUUGAUGAAGACCUCAGUGAUAUUGAAAGGGCUGUUUAUCUGCUCAGUGCUGGUCAAGAUAUCCAAGGAACAAGUGUGAUUGCUAAUCUCCCAUUUUUGAUGCGACAGAAUCCCACUGAGACACUGCGGAGAGUCCUGCCGAAAGUCAGAUGUCUUCCAAGGUCCAUGAGGAUGCACACUUAUUUAUCCAGAGAGUAUGGAUCUCACAUAUGUUUGUCCAGAGGGUGUGACUCUGUGGAAGAGAACACUUACCGGAAGCCCUUCAUGUUGCAGGAGUGGAAAUGCAGUUAACAGCUGCAGUGUCAUUUUUGACCAUUCUGCAGGAUGAAUCAGUGUCAAUUCAUGCAUAUACCCACUCGUUCCUCCAAGUCAUUCUCCUGCAUCUGGAGCACAGGGACACAGGUGUCAGCAAUGCAUGGCUGGAAACGCUUCUGUCUGUUAUAGAAGUAUUGCCAAAAGAAACCCUACGGCAUGAGAUUUUGAAUCCACUUGUUUCCAAGGCACAACUUUCCCAAACAGUCCAGUCUCGUUUAGUUAGUUGUAAAAUUUUAGGAAAAUUGACCAACAAAUUUGAUGCCCACACCAUUAAACGAGAAAUACUUCCUCUGGUAAAAUCACUCUGUCAAGAUGUAGAAUAUGAAGUUCGAUCUUGUAUGUGUCGGCAAUUAGAAAAUAUAGCUCAGGGUAUUGGGACAGAACUUACAAAAAGUGUGGUGCUCCCUGAAUUAAUAGAACUUUCUAGGGAUGAAGGCAGCAGUGUACGACUUGCAGCUUUUGAAACUUUGGUUAAUCUCCUUGACAUAUUUGAUACAGAUGACAGAAGUCAAACUAUACUUCCAUUAGUGAAAUCAUUUUGUGAAAAAUCUUUCAAAGCAGAUGAAUCAAUUCUUAUUUCUUUAUCUUUCCAUUUAGGAAAACUAUGUCAUGGACUAUAUGGAAUUUUUACUCCAGAUCAGCACUUGAGAUUUUUGGAAUUUUAUAAGAAACUUUGCACAUUGGGUUUGCAACAAGAAAAUGGACACAGUGAGAACCAGAUUCCACCCCAAAUCCUAGAGCAGGAGAAGAAAUAUAUUUCAGUACGGAAGAACUGUGCUUAUAACUUUCCGGCCAUGAUUGUUUUUGUUGAUCCUAAAAACUUCCACUUGGAACUCUAUUCUACAUUCUUCUGCCUUUGUCAUGACCCUGAAGUACCAGUCAGAUACACUAUUGCUAUUUGCUUUUAUGAAGUGUCUAAACUUCUGAAUUCUGGAGUAUAUUUAAUACAUAAAGAACUAAUAACAUUAUUACAAGAUGAAUCACUGGAGGUACUAGAUGCUCUUAUAGAUCAUCUUCCAGAAAUCUUGGAACUUAUGUCUACUGGUGGAGAAAGCAGUGUUCAAGAAAAUAAGUUAUCUUCUUUGCCUGACUUGAUUCCAGCACUCACAGCUGCUGAACAGCGAGCUGCAGCCUCUUUAAAAUGGAGAACUCAUGAAAAGCUACUUCAGAAAUAUGCCUGCCUGCCACAUGUUAUAUCAAGUGAUCAGAUUUAUUAUCGUUUCUUACAAAGAAUGUUCACAAUCAUGAUGACAAAUAAUGUCUUACCUGUCCAAAAGGCAGCCUCACGAACUCUAUGCAUUUUUCUGCGUUAUAAUCGAAAACAGGAACAGAGACAUGAGGUCAUUCAAAAAUUAAUUGAACAAUUGGGCCAAGGAAAAAGUUAUUGGAAUAGACUUCGAUUUUUGGAUACUUGUGAAUUUAUUAUAGAGAUAUUUUCCAAAUCGUUUUUCUGUAAAUAUUUCUUUCUACCUGCUAUUGAACUGACACAUGAUCCAGUAGCAAAUGUGAGAAUGAAACUUUGCUACUUGUUGCCCAAAGUGAAAUCUACUCUGAAGAUUCCUGCUGAUAAGCAUCUACUUCAGCAGUUAGAAAUGUGUGUGAGAAAACUCCUGUGUCAAGAAAAAGAUAAAGAUGUUCUGGCUAUUGUAAAAAGAACUGUAUUAGAGUUGGACAGAAUGGAAAUGUCUAUGGAUGCUUUUCAGAAAAAGUUUUAUGAGAAAGAUUUGUUGGAUCAAGAGAAAGAAAGAGAAGAACUACUUCUUUUGGAAAUGGAACAAUUAGAGAAAGAAAAGCAACAGAAUGAUGGAAGGCCCAUGAGUGAUAAAAUGUAUGAAAAGAAACGUAGAGACACUAAGACACCAACACAAAGUCUGCCCAAGAACAUCCCCAUUUCUGUUCCUGGACCUUCUUCUGUCACCCCAUCAACAAGUAAAGAAAUCAAGAAAUCCAAACUGAUUCGAAGCCAGUCUUUUAAUAAUCAAGCUUUUCAUGCAAAAUAUGGCAACUUAGAGAAAUGUGCAAGUAAAAGUUCUACAACAGGAUACACAGCUUCUGUCUCAGGGUUAGGAAAGACUUCUGUGCUUUCAUUAACUGAUGAUUCAUUCCGGACUCGCAAUGCCAGUAGUGUUCCACCUUCCUUUUCUCCUAAUACUACCUUACCGAGUACUUCCCGUGGGACAGGUAACUCACUUGAUCCCAAGAGCAGUGGAAGUAAAGAUACACAACCACGGAAGGCUACCUUAAAAUCCAGAAAAUCCAAUCCUUAAAUCAACUGCUUGAGGAAGGAGGCAAAACAAAGGCAGCAGGAGAUAAUGUGAUUGGUGCACAAAAGCUAAAGCAAUGGCUGGGGCUUUGUUCUUAAAUUUUGGGGGUUUUUGUUUGUUGUUGUUAAUGAGCAGAAAGAGAGAUAUAAUGACAGCUGAUGUACUUUCCAUGUUUCAAAUUAGAUUCCCUAGGAGGUAUAAUGUAUACUUUUUGAGUAAUAAUGUGGUUACAGAAUUCCAAUGUUAUAGUGAAGUGUAAUGAAAAACAUCUCUAGGUAUGUGCUUUAACCACUGCUGCAAAAGAGACAAGUCUGCAUUUAUUUGUGCAGGAAACCAGCUAUUUAAUUGUUCUAGAGUUUUGGCAUUUAAAAAUUCUAUGAAAGUCUACAUCAGCUGAAAUUGUCCUAGCUUGAUAAUCACUUGGAAGGGGACUUAGAAGGUAAGAAAGAUACUGCAUUUUCUCAUGACUCUCCAAGCCCACUUGAAAAGUCACACUGAAAGGAUGCAAAUAGCUGUCUUCGAUUUUGGCAGCCCUCCGGAUUGUGGAGACAAUAUGUUGUACCCAGACAUUCCCAAAUUUAAAUUUGGCAAUGAAAAUUCCACAAAGAUUUCUGAUAACUUUGAGCUAUAAAUACCUUAAAAAUAAUAGAUUGAUGAUUUUCUUUAUUUCCUAGAGAAUUUAUUUUAUAAAUACUUUGUUUAUAUUUUAGAUUGUACUUGUCCUUAUUUAAUUUAAAAUGAUGAAUCUAGUCUGAAUCAGCUGUUAUUCCAAGCUAUCAUGCUUAAGCUAUGUCAACAGCAUUUGUUUGUACUAAUGCUAAUAUUUCCAUCUAAAUUUGCCUGUGGAACAUAUACAGUCUUAAUUUUAAACUGUCAGUUCUUGAGAGAUACUGUAUGAAGCUAUUGUCAGCUUCUCUAUUUCAAAAUCAAGCAUAUAACUAUAUUGAUACUAGAAAAUAUUUGUUUUUUUUAAAUAUAUCAGUGUAUGGUAAAGAUGAUCUAAUUUGUGAAUGCA